CUUCGUUAUUGCAUAUGGCAGCGGUUGACCGGUCAUCUCGGUGCGCUUUCCCCACCAAGUUGGAAUGUACGGAAAGUUAUUUCUACCCACCUGAGUGCUAAUUGGUCAUUUUGCUCCGUUGCGGUUCUAGAUCGGCGGCAUUCAUCGCCGGUUGCUUGCUAAGCGGUACUCUAGGAAAGAUAUGGCUAUGCUGAUCGCUGCUCGUCGAUUGGCGAGUGGAUCCACGCGGCCCGUUUCCUCGGAGUCGCUGCGGUAUACGACGAGCUGGAGAUAUUUCUCAACUUCAUUCCGAGAAGAAAGAGACACGUUCGGCCCCAUCCAAGUCCCAUCGGAUAAAUUAUGGGGGGCACAAACUCAAAGGUCAUUACAGAACUUUGAAAUUGGUGGUGACAGAGAAAGAAUGCCUGAACCCAUUAUACGUGCAUUCGGUGUUCUUAAGAAAUGUGCAGCCAAGGUGAAUAUGGAGUAUGGACUUGAACCAUCCAUAGGGAAGGCAAUAAUGCAAGCUGCCCAAGAAGUUGCUGAGGGAAAGCUAAAUGAUCAUUUUCCUUUGGUGAUCUGGCAGACUGGUAGUGGCACACAAAGUAACAUGAAUGCCAAUGAGGUUAUAGCAAACAGAGCAGGUGAAAUUCUUGGUCAUAAAUUAGGUGCAAAAGCUGUACACCCAAAUGACCAUGUGAAUAGAUCACAAUCUUCCAACGACACAUUUCCUACUGUGAUGCAUAUCGCAGCAGCAGUUGAGAUUAAUAAGAGAUUAUUGCCAAGCCUGAAACAACUGCAUACAUCACUACAUUCAAAGUCUAUUGAAUUCAAUGACAUCAUCAAGAUUGGGCGUACACACACUCAAGAUGCAACACCUCUUACACUUGGACAAGAGUUUAGUGGAUAUGCCACUCAAGUGAAGUAUGGAAUAAAUAGAGUUUUUGGCACCCUUCCACACAUGUAUCAGCUUGCACAAGGAGGAACUGCAGUUGGAACUGGAUUGAACACAAAAAAAGGGUUUGAUGUGAAAAUUGCUGCAGCAGUGGCAGAGGAAACAAGUCUGCCAUUUGUUACAGCCGAAAAUAAGUUUGAAGCAUUGGCUGCACAUGAUGCAUUUGUUGAAAGCAGUGGUGCCUUAAAUACAAUUGCUGUUUCCCUCAUGAAGAUCGCAAAUGAUAUACGUUUUCUAGGAAGUGGUCCACGUUGUGGUCUCGGUGAACUCAUUCUUCCCGAAAAUGAACCCGGAAGCAGCAUCAUGCCCGGGAAGGUGAACCCUACACAGUGUGAGGCUCUCACGAUGGUCUGUGCUCAGGUUAUGGGAAAUCACGUGGGCCUCACAGUGGGGGGAUCUAAUGGUCAUUUUGAGCUGAAUGUAUUCAAGCCUAUGAUUGCAAGUUCUCUCUUACAUUCUGUGAGAUUGCUUGGAGAUGCAUCUGCUUCUUUUGAAAAGAACUGCGUGCGGGGAAUCCAGGCCAAUAAGGAAAGGAUUUCUAAACUACUACACGAGUCACUCAUGCUUGUCACAUGUUUGAACCCGAAAAUCGGGUAUGACAAUGCUGCUGCGGUUGCUAAAAAAGCACACAAGGAAGGAACUAGUCUAAAGGAAGCUGCUCUUAGUUUAGGAAUGCUGACCUCGGAAGCGUUUGAUGAACUUGUAGUUCCGGAAAAGAUGAUCGGGCCUACAGAUUAAUUGCCCCCUCUCAUCACAAUAAAUGACCCAUUUUUUUGGCUACACUAUUCUUUUCUUCCAUCAUUGAUCAAAUCCCAAUUAGAAAAAUAAAAGAUGCAAGGACCUCUCAAAGAGGCAAAUUGGAGAAUUCAUUCAAUCCUGACUAGGGUGGUAAACGAACCGAACUGAGUUGAAUAAUGUGAUUUUGUAUUAGUAUUUGUUUAAUUUUUUCGAAUACGAAUCUGAAUUUGAAUAUGAAACGAAUAUUUAUUUCGAUUUGUAUUCGUAUUUGUUUAACAAUACGAAUAGUUAACGAAACAAUAUGAAUAUCGAAUCGACCUGAUCAUAAGUUAAAUAUUAGUCAAAUAUCAUUUAAAAACA